UAGCACGCUUGUGUUGAAGCGUUUUGGCGCGCAGAUUGCCUUGGCUCGCAGUAACUGCUUCGAGAGCUUCAAAUAAGUAAAGCCAGGUGACACAUUUAGUAAAACCUGCAGACUACUAUCAAACUACACACGACAUGGGCUUAUUAACUGUCGGAUCACCGUUAGAUUGGCCUGAAACCAAGAAAAAUGCAGUCUUCGUACAAGAACAGGGUAUCAAACAGUUCAUACUAUUGUACCACAAGCUCAACUCACGGACGAAACAUACUUUGAAAUGGGGUGACGAAAUCGAGUACACACUGGUUCGCUUCGAUCCCCUCAAAUGUAAAGCACAACUCUAUCUCGGCGCUUCCGAAUUGUUAAAAAAGAUGGGGAAAGAAAAUAAUACUGGUGGUGAAAUCACUUGGCAACCAGAAUAUGCUGAGUACAUGAUAGAAGGAGUGCCUGGAAUCCCUUUUGGAAGAUUACUACAUUCAUUUAGUACUGUUGAAUGCAACAUGCGGAAACGACGACUAGACCUGAUGACCCAUCUUCCCAAGGGCUGUGUUCCACUAACAAUCUGUGCUUUUCCCAGAUUGGGUUGUGAUGAUUUUUGUUAUCCAGCUGCUAAUCCAACUCCUGAUAGUGGUGUUUCAAGAAGUUUAUUCUAUCCAGAUGCUGCUAUCAACCAAGGACAUCCACGUUUUAAAACACUAACCCGCAACAUUCGUGAACGUCGUGGGGCUAAGGUUGCGAUUAAUGUUCCGAUUUAUCAAGAUACCUGUACACCUCAACCAUUUAUUGAAAAGUUUCCCGAAUCAAAUGAUCCGAAUGCAUCAUCUGCCGCUCUUCCUAAUCACGUUUACUUAGACGCUAUGGGUUUCGGUAUGGGUUGUAGCUGUUUACAAAUCACUUUUCAGUCAUGUUGUAUUGAUGAAGCAAGAAUAUUAUACGAUCAACUGACAACGAUAUGUCCAAUUAUGAUGGCUUUAAGUGCAGCAACUCCUGCUAUGCGAGGUUAUUUACUUGAUUGGGAUUGUCGUUGGGGUAUAAUAUCUGCAUCAGUCGAUGACAGAACAGAAGAAGAAAGGGGACUUAAGCCUUUAUGCAAUGAUCGUUUUGUUAUUCCAAAGUCACGCUUUGAUUCUGUAUCCCUUUAUCUUUCUCCCAUGGGUAAUGCAUUCAAUGAUAUUCCACUAGUCUAUAAUAAAGAAUAUUAUGAUACUUUAAUUAAGGAAGGUGUCGAUCACACACUGGCAUUACAUAUUGCUCAUCUGUUUAUUCGGGAUCCAAUCAGUGUAUUCUCUGAGAGUUUAAAUCGUUCAGACGAUGAAGAGACGGUGGAACAUUUCGAGACUAUUCAGUCUACUAAUUGGCAGUCAAUGCGUUUUAAACCACCGCCUUUAAAUUCUACAAUUGGUUGGCGUGUUGAAUUUCGACCUACCGAAUUACAAUUGACAGACUUUGAAAAUGCUGCUUUUGUCACCUUCAUUUUAUUAUUAUCUAGGACAAUAUUGAAGUACAAUUUAAAUUUAUUAAUUCCACUAUCAAAAGUCGAUGCUAAUAUUGCAACAGCUUUUAAACGUGAUUCUGUAUUGAAUGGAAAAUUUUAUUUUAAACAAGGUCAUUUAAUAACAACAGAUGCAAGUCCAAUUGAUUUAGCCGCAUCAUGUUCCAAUUUAAAUCGAAAUCGUACAUAUUCAACAUGUUGUGAACCUCCUGAUUUAAAUUGCUUAUUAUCACAGCAUUCACAGGAAAAUGACUCUUCUGAUGCAUUUGAUUGUAGUAUGAAUCCUCCACCAUCUUGCAGUUCAGUGGCAUUUACUGAAGUGAAACCAGAAGAUUCUUAUACAUUGAUGUCAGUGGAUGAAAUUAUCAAUGGAAGCGAUACUUUUCCAGGACUUUUACCCUUGAUAAGAUUAUAUGUUGAAGAAAAAGGUGGAGAAUUGGAGACCGUAGAUCUUAUCAAUAGUUAUUUAGAUUUAAUACAGAAGAGAGCUUCAGGUGAAUUAAUGACAACUGCUAAAUGGAUAAGAAGUCGUAUUAUAAAUCAUCCUGACUAUAAAAAGGAUUCAUAUAUAUCACCUAAAAUAAAUUUCGAUCUUAUGCGAGAGUGUUGGAAUAUUACUGAAGGAAUUAUCCGACCACGUGAAUUAUUACCGCAUGAUUCAAUAGUGGACAAAAAUUCCAUCGCCUCCGCUUCCUCCACCUCGAUCUACCAGUCAUUAAAUAAUACCAAUGUAUAUCAUUGUAAUGGUGUUGUUCAUGAUCCAUCAAAAUGUUAACACAAACGACAAAAAACUGUCAUUCUCUCUCAAGCACCAGGAUGUUGUUCAUCCUUUUCUUUUGAUACAUUUCCAGAUUUCAUUCAAUUCAGUUGUACAAUUGUUUGUGAAUUUAGAUUAUCACAGUUACAGUGUACUACUUUUUUUUUAUUAUUUUUUUUAAAACAAAACCCUGUGUAUUUUGUUAAUUUUAUGUUCGCACCCCCCCGACCCCGCCAAAAAAAUUUAUUUCUUUAUUUUAUUUGAAUUAUUAUUACUGGUGUUUCAAUGGCGUUGUGAUCAUUAACUCUAAGUGACUGAAGCAAAUCCUUUUUGGUAAUUUUCCUAAUAUUUUCACUGCACUACUUACUAUAGAUGUAACAUGAUUACGCGUCUUAUUUGAUUACUGAUAACUACUUAUUGUAAAAAAAUAAUAAUAAAAAAAUAAAUAUAUCGAUUUCAAAUUUCAC